CAAGUACUUGCGUUACACUUGAGUUGCGUCCAACCUUUCAGGUUACUUGUACCUAGUCUGUGGAUAGUAUCACUAGAGUCGAGUUGUGACAACUUUGGAACACCAUUUGAAUUGUUUAUUGUUUGAAUGGCAUCCAAAAUACCCUUCAAAAAUGAUGGGAGCUUUCUGGAAUUAUUUAAGCAAAUGCAGGCUGAACAAGAAAGAGUAUCUAUUGAAAAACCUAUAGUCCCUGAUGAGGUUAAAUUAGAAGACAUCGAUGAUUCUGACAGUAAACCAUGCAAAAUUGAAGACGUAAAAGUUAUUCCUGAUGAUCCUAAGGUUUUGGUGGCUAUCGAAUCAUUGGUCCUUCGCGUUUGUGGCAUGUCUCAUAGUCUGUGCGAGGCUGAGAUCAAAAAGUUUGAGGACAGCGUCCAGUACUGGUUCCUGACACUUCCAGAGACCAACGAAUACAAGUUCUUCAGAAGAAGACUGGCAGAGAUGCGAAAGAAUAAAUUGUCGUGUAAUCCAGUCAAGUCAGAGCCCACAACUAUAUGCAAAUCAGAAGAUGAUGAUGCAAAUCCUACGAAAAAGCGUCGCUCAAGAUGGGACGAUAAACGCGAUGAGCCCGAAAAACCUGCUGUGACAAAAGACAUUCCAGAUGGUUCACUGGCUUCUGCGAUUGCCCUCGCUAAAGCUGCUGCUGUUGCUGCUGCAAAAUCCCAAGGUAAAUUAUCAGCAACAUCUUCUACUCCCAAUCCAAAUCAGUUUACUGGUGGUGUUGUCCUUACACCUGAGCAAGCUGAACAGAUCCGAUAUCAGAAAGAGCUCCAAGCUAUGCAGGAGUUCAUCUUAGCACAAAAACGAUCAAAGACUAAAGAAGAAGAACUUAUGGCUCGUAUAGCUGGUGUCAACUAUGGAAACAAAAAAAGAGUUACUAAAGAUGGUUUAGUUAUUAAGUAUGAAUAUGAUUCGGAUGAAGAUUGUGAAGGUGGAACAUGGGAGCAUAAAUUAAGAGAAGCAGAAAUGGAAGCAACCAGAGAAUGGGCUCAGAAACUGACUGAAAUGGGUCGUGGAAAGCAUCAUAUUGGAGAUUUCCUACCGCCAGACGAACUCGAGCGCUUUAUGGAAACUUUCCGUGCAUUAAAGGAAGGUCGUGAACCAGACUAUUCUGAGUAUAAACAAUUCAAGUUAACUUGUGAAAAUGUUGGUUUUCAAAUGUUAGAGAAAAUGGGUUGGAAAGAAGGCGAAGGGCUUGGAGUCGAUGGUCAGGGUAUUGUUAAUCCAGUCGACAAGGGAAAUGUUUUCGUUGAAGGUGUUGGCUUAGGCAUUGAUCGUCCGUCUAAACUUGUCAAGGAAGAUGAUGAAUAUGAUGCCUAUCGAAAGCGUAUGAUGCUGGCGUAUCGAUUUCGUCCAAACCCUUUGAAUAAUCCACGGCGGGACUAUUAUUAACAUCAAUAUAUAUAUAUUAUCGUUACACUGUUAGUAUUCCUUGUAUUUAUUACCCUGUGAGAAAGAAACACUGGCAAUGAGAUAAAUUUUAUCAAUCUGUGAUUUGGAAGUAUGAACGUAUGGAAGUAUUUUCCCCGCAAUACUUAUUUACAUCGUUCUGUGAAACUAUGUACUUUUAAGCAUACUGGGCUUCCACAAAUACAUCUGUACAUGUAAAAAAGUUAACUAUCAAAUGAUGAAAUAAAACACGUUUUUCUAAUCUAUUCCACUUGUUUUUGCUAUCUUUGUUGCUUGAAAUUAUGUAGAAUAAUUGUUCAUACGUAUUUUAAAAACCAAAUUACUGUAUAAAGUUUGGUGUGUAUUUUAUCCUUUUUUAAUUUUUACUUUGGAAUUAAUAUUUCUGAAACAUUGUUACGUUAUAAAGGAGGAGAUUUGUAGCUCU